AUGCUGCGUUCUUUGUGUAGAUCUGGUUUUCGUGGUCGACGCUUCGCCGUGCCCAGCCGCCGCUGCCAGUCGACCACCACUUCAAGUGGCAGAUCUGCCUCUACAUGGUCCAGUGGCGCGGUACUGGGCUUCGCGGUAGCUACGGGAGCUAUUGGAUGGAGUAUUGCAAAAUGGCAGAAUGAAAAAAAUAGCAGCCCAACUCGCUACAGUAUUAGCAGCUCCGGUGGUGGCGAUCAGCGGUUCGCAACGCUGCCAGAAAUGAACAAGGCAAUAAAGGAGAUCAUGUCGGAGCUUGGGAGCGAAGAGAUAAUCUCUACGGAUGAUGAAGAUCUCAAGACUCACGGGUACUCGGAGUGGUCAAGUGUCAAUCCCGACACGCUGCCCGUCGCCGUCGCCUACCCACGCAGCACCGAGGACGUGGCUGCCAUUGUCAGGAUCUGCCACCGCCACCGCGUGCCCCUGAUUCCCUUUUCUGGGGGCACGAGCCUCGAGGGCAACUUCUCCGCUCCCUACGGCGGCGUCAGCGUCGACUUUGCCUUUAUGGACCGCAUCCUGCAGCUCAACAAGGACGACAUGGACGUCGUCGUGCAGCCGAGCGUCGGCUGGCAGGACCUGAACCAGACGCUCGCCGACAUGGGCGCGGGCCUCUUCUUUCCUGUGGACCCGGGCCCGACGGCCAAGAUUGGCGGCAUGGUGGGCACAAACUGCUCGGGGACCAACGCGGUCCGCUACGGCACGAUGAAGGACUGGGUGGUGAACCUGACGGUCGUUCUAGCGGACGGGCAGAUCAUCAAGACGCGCAGGAGGCCGCGCAAGUCGUCGGCGGGAUAUAACUUGAAUGGACUGUUUGUGGGCUCCGAAGGCACUCUGGGGAUUGUCACUGAAGCCACGCUGAAACUUGCUGUCGUCCCAGAACUGUAUUCUGUAGGCGUCGUCUCGUUUCCGACGAUACGCGAUGCCGCUGCCGCUGCCGCCGGCGUCAUGCAGGCGGGUGUGCCUGUCACAUGCCUAGAGAUUAUGGACGAGGUGCAGAUGCGCGUCGUCAACUUGAGCGGCAACACGGCCCCGCGUACGUGGAAGGAGUUGCCGACGCUCUUUUUCAAGUUUGCCGGCUCCAAGGCGAGCGUGGCAGAGAACAUCUCGACAGUGCAGGCCAUUACGUCGAGGAAUGGAGGCGAGGAGUUUGAGUUUGCCAAGGACGAGCAGGAGCAGAAGCUGCUGUGGUCUGCGAGAAAAGAGUCGCUGUGGUCGAUGCUUGCUCUGCGAAAGGAGGGCCAAGACGUUUGGAGCACGGAUGUGGCAGUGCCACUGAGCCGCCUCGCCGACCUGAUUGAGGUGAGCAAGCAGGAGAUGGACGAGCUGGGCAUGUUUGCGAGCAUCCUGGGGCAUGUCGGCGACGGCAACUUUCACGAGAGCAUCAUGUACAACAAGCACGACCCGGCGGAGCGCGAAAAGGUGGCCGCAUGCGUCCACAACAUGGUGAACCGCGCGCUGAACAUGGAGGGCACGUGCACCGGCGAACACUCGAUAGGUUGGGGCAAAAAGGAGAGCCUGGUCAAGGAGGUCGGGCAGGAGACGGUGGAUGUGAUGGCGACGAUUAAGCGCUCGCUGGACGAAAGAUGGAUACUGAACCCGGGCAAGAUUAUGGACGUGCCGUGGAUGCCCAGGGAAACGCACAUGGGGAGGGAGGAUGUGGUGGUGACGCCGAUUCGGGAGGUGGAGAGGAAGGCAUCGCAGAAUAGCUUUGAUCCAUGA